AUGGUUAAUCCAAUGGAUGGAAUUGUUAAAGUUGAUAGAACAAAUAAUUCAAUGUAUCAAUAUUUCGUUCAAGUAGUUCCUAUGACAUACACCUCACUUGAUAAUAGGAUAAUUAAUACAAAUGGUUAUAGUGUUACUGAACAUUAUCGACCUGGUAAUUUAAAAUCACCUGAACAAGGAAUUCCUGGAGUAUUUGUUAUAUAUGACAUUUCAUCAAUUGAGGUAUUAUAUUUUGAAGAAAAAAAUUCAUUUGGACAUUUAUUGACAAGUAUCUGCGGAAUUAUAGGAGGGGUCUUUGCUUUAUUUAGUUUAUUAGAUUAUUUUAUAUUUCAUAUCUAUCACUCAGAGUGA